GGAGGAGCCGCGGGGCACGCCGGGAGCAGGUUGUCUCCCCCAUGGCUGCUGACGAAGCAACCAUCACAGUUCGCCUCAUCCGUUCAUUUGAACAUCGAAAUUUCAAACCUGUAGUAUAUCAUGGAGUUAAGUUGGACCAAACUGUGAAGGAAUUUAUAGCAUUUCUAAAGCAAGAUGUCCCUUUGAGGACCGGCUUGCCACCACCACUCAGAAAUUACAAAUAUGAUACACUAAAGAUUCUUCAUCAAGCUCACAAAGCAAAGACAAAUGAGCUUGUGUUGGGUUUGGAGGACGAUGACACACUCCUGCUAAAGGAAGACAGAACCCUCAAGGACUCAGGAAUAGCCAGUGAAACUGAAAUUGCAUUCUUCUGUGAAGAAGAUUAUAAGAGAUACAAAGCUAAUCCCAUCUCAUCCUGGUGAAAGUGUCCGGCGUACCUUUGCAUACCUUUAUCACACAAGUAACUUUUUUUAAAUUGUCAAAUAAAUCUUUUUUAAAAAAUCCUUGGCUUGAUUCCUCUCUAUAGAGGACUCUCUCUCUCUCUCUCUCUCUCUCUCUCUCUCUGCCAUUCUCUUUUCCUUCUUUUUCUUCCUUCCUCCUUUUCUCCCAGACCUUCCUUUUUCUCCCUCCCUUGCUUCCUUCUUUUCUUUCUUGUUAUAAAGUGAGCAAAAUAUUUGAUUUAAAAAAGUAAGCAUUAGUUUAGAAAGCAUUACUUCUUAGGAUUAGGGAGCAUAGCUCAGUGGGUAGAGUGCCUUUUUGCUUAGCACACAUGACGCCCUGAGUUCCCUCUCCAGCAGUGAGUGAACCCUGUGUGCUAGCACAUGCCUGUAACCUCAGCACUUUAGAAGUAAAAGCAGAAGAAACAGGAGUUCAAGGUCAUCCUUGCCUGUAUAGGACAUUCAGGACCAGCCUUGGCUUCAUGAGACCCUGUCUCAAAAAUAAA